CCCCCGGUCGCCGGGCUCUGUCUUCGCCUCGUCACUCUCCCACGCCACACCGAAGACCGAGAGCAAAAGGACAAAAAAAUUUCCUAGCUGCAACCGCAAGCUAGCUCUCUCUCGCCAUGGAGGAGGAGAUGCCGCUCUCCUCUUCCUCCUCCGCCGCCGCCUGAGCUGUCGCUUCCCUCGCUCACUCAAAUCACACCGUUAGACCUACCUCCCCCUCCCCGGUGAAUAAAGCUAAAGCCAUGGAGGCUUUCGCCGCUCUGUUCGACCCCCUCUACUGCCCCGAGGAGCACCUCGACCUGUACCACGAGGAGCCCGGCGAGGACGCGGAGGAGCGGUGUCCGGCGGCGCUCGACGACGAGCUGCCGCCGCUGUUCGAGGCGCACAGGGCCAACGAGGGGGUGGUGCUCGCGGCCGAGGGGGAGGAGGACGGGUACGGCGGCGCGGCGGGGCGUGAGGCCGCGGUCGGCUGGGCGUGCCGCGCCGCGGCGCGGCUGGGCUUCUCCGCGCUCACCGCCGCGCUCGCCGCCGCUUACCUCGACCGUUGCUUCCUCUCCGGCGGCGCGCUCCGGCUCGGGGACCACCCCUGGACGGCGCGCCUCGCCGCCGUCGCCUGCGUCGCGCUCGCCGCCAAGGUCGAGGAGACGCGCGUGCCGCUUCUUCUCGACCUCCAGCUCUGCGCCGCCGCUGGCGCCGGCCCCGACGCCGACCCCGCGGACGCCUACGUGUUCGAGGCCAAGACGGUGCGCCGGAUGGAGCUGCUCGUGCUCUCCGCGCUCGGAUGGCGGAUGCACCCCGUCACGCCCUUCUCCUACCUCGAGCCCCUCCUCGCCGACGCCGCGAUGCGCCUGCACAACUGCGAGGGCGUCCUCCUCGCGGUCAUGACCGAUUGGAGGUGGCCUCGGUACCGUCCCUCGGCGUGGGCCGCCGCCGCGUUGCUCGCCACCGCCGGCGGCGGCGACGACGACUCGGACCUCCUGGCGCUCAUCAAUGCCCCCGAGGACGAGGCCGCGGAGUGCGCGAGGAUCAUCUCCGAGGCGACGGGCACGUGCUUCCUCGCCGGCGACGCCGGCGCCGGGAAUAAGCGGAAGCACGCGGCGGCGCGGAUGUACUCGCCGCCGCCGAGCCCGAGCGGCGUGAUCGGCGCGUUGUCCUGCUUCAGCUGCGAGAGCUCGUCGUCCGCCACGGCGGACUCGCGCCCUGCCUCCACGGCGGCGGUGGCCGGCGCGUGGGCGGCGUCCGUGUCGUCCUCCCCGGAGCCCGCCGGCCGGGCCCCCAAGCGCGCCGCGGCGGCGCUCCCGGUCCCGCACCCGCUUCCCCCCGACGAGGAGAGCCGCGACGCCUGGCCGUCUACCUGCGCCGCGUGACGCACCGUGCCGGAGGCGCGGUGCCUAUGGCGAGACCGCCGCUCGGUGGCGGAGGAAGAAUCGCAUGCUGGCGCGGUGACCAGAAGAACCAUUUUUCCCAUUGCCGUGAGAGAACGGGGGUAACAAGAUAAAGGAAAUAUGUAAUCUUGCGCUUGCUCAUGGCAGCGCAUUUUGCAAUCAUGGUUCUCGUCGUUGUUAGGAGGGUUGUGGUCUUGUGGAGAAUUGAGCUGGAGGUGGAAGAAGAUGAUUAUUAGCUAGAGGAUAAUUAGCCGUCGAGAUCGACGGCCAGUUUAAGAAUUAGUUGCAAUUGUAGCAAUGGUGGUAUGGUUCUUGACUUGUU